AUGGACAAGCCAGUGAAACUUGCGAAGGUAUAAUAUGAAAAUUCUAACUAUUUGCCGAACGUUAAAGUACUUUAACCGCACAAAUAUUUUCAAUGCGUUCUUUGGAAGAGUUUGCAACAUAACAUUAGCAAUUGUAAGGCUUCAAUGUAAAACUAUCAUCAUUUGAUUUCGCAGUGCACGUAAACACAAGACUCUUCGAUCAGCUUUUGAAGGAGAAGCUUACUCUUUAUUCUUGAGAUAACUGCAUUUCGAGAAACAAUAGCCGAUCUCAAGUGUUUUUAAUCGUAAAUUUUUAGGUGACAAAAUGUUUGGGCCGAACGGGAUCCCAAGGACAGUGUACUCAGGUGAGGGCUUUUGAAAAAUUAUGGAUAGUUUCAAACGUCGUUUUGCUACUUCCCAAAAUCAGUUGAUCGAAUUAUAUUCAACUUAAGUACGGUAGUAGCACGUUUGAAACUAUGUUGUCUUUAAACAAAAUUAUUUCCUUGACUUAAUGUUAGAAUAAUUAAGCUUACAUUUUGUAUGAGUGUUUGGAUAAGGCAAGUGAUGAACUUUCAUAGGUUUGAUUGGCCACUGUAUGGCUUAUCAAUUUCCUCCUUGUCUUAACAAUGCUUUGUAAAGCAGAGAAUUUGAGAUAGCAGGUAUCAAACCCAGUCGCUUUGGGUCGGAAGGUUAUUCUUUAAUAACGCAUGUACAAGAAUAAUAAAAAUGACCUUACCAUUAUUCUUACACCGAUGCCAGCAUAAAGCUUUCUGGCUAUAAGCCAGUAAGCUCAAAAAACAGAAGGGUUUUAUCAAAGCAAUGUCAAACCAGCUUCACUACCACCACACUAACUUUAUAUCAGGGUUUCCAGACUAAAAUUCCAUUACCAUAUUUUUUUGCUUACAAGGUGCAGCAUUUUUUAACAAAAGUUUGCUUGAUAGCUCUAAAUCUGUUGUAAUUUCAGGGUGCAUCUUACAACCGGGUACCUUCGUGCAACAAAGCAAAAUUGGGUCAAAUUUUUUACUCUAACAGCUCUAGCUGCUCAUCCUCUUCUUUGUUAUCGGUUUUCAAUGACUUCUACAUCUUCUAAAGCUGGUAUUUAACGACGAACGAAUCAUUAAGUCAUCUGGCAUAGAUCGUUUUGAACUGAACGUUGAUGCUGGGUAACCAGGUGACUUUUUGAGCACAUGCUUGACCCAUGAUGACGGUUUGUUACAGCCAUUUCUAAGCUGCGAUCUUGCACUUGUUUCAGACCUUUAUUUUUUUUAGAAAGCUCCCAAAUCUCUAACAGACCUGACCUCUUUAUAGCCGGGUAUUUUUGCUUAAUUUUCAGUUUGUUAGAAAAAUCACGUUGAAAAGUGUGGGCUGCAUCUUAUAACGGAGUGCACCUUAUAAACAAAAAAUAUGGUACUUUGCUGUCAGAAAAUGAUUUAGAUGAACUUAUCAGAGUCAUAAUUUUUUUUCAAUCUUCUUGAUUCUUUAUCAUGUUGGCUCUAGUCAGUUUACAGCAGACUCGCAUUCCAGUUUAUUGUUAUAUUGAUACAGGUCUCAUUACAUAGGCCACAUAUUUAUGAUACAUGAUACAUUUCUGUGCUGUACUAGACUAGUCCCCACUCCUUGUUGAUGCACAAGAGCGUACAGCUAACAAGUGACAAAGUGUUAGUUAGCAUGCAUUAUUGUGUCCAUCAUCUUGAAUAAGACAAAAAUAUAUUGUAUCAUAAUAUCACCAUAUAUUGUUCAAAAUAAAAUUGAUAUUCUGUGGUUGGAAGAAAUUUUACAGGUCACCAAUGCAUUCAGUAUAUCAUUGCAGCCCUAACUAGAACUAGGCAUAUUGUGUUUGGAUUUGUUGCGUAUUAACUUGUUCCCUGGGAAAUGUCCUGGAUGGAAGGUGAAACUCAAUUGUUGUACCUUUCAGGUUCGAGUGGAGUUUCUUGAUGAUACAAAUCGAUCCAUCAUCCGUAAUGUAAAAGGUCCUGUCCGUGAGGGAGACAUCUUGACAUUGCUGGAAUCAGAGCGAGAAGCUAGAAGACUAAGAUAG